ACGCAGAACACCAAUUAUUGCAUCACAACAGCUUGGCGCACACCUGCCAUGACUGUGUUCCAUUACAUCCCGCUGUGGUCAGACUCACUGUGUCCACCAGACAGCUCGGUAACAGUGUGACAUUGCUUAUUACUUCAACCCCAAGUUUCCCCUUGGUAAAGAACGCAUUUAUCUAAACAGCACUGGAUGGAAGCUACAUCUCCGUGCGAAUUUUGGCCAUCUUUCAUCCUACAGUGGUCGUGGUGAUGUGUGACUGAAUAAGUCAUUAUGUUUGCCAAUUCAGUCGAGGACCUUGGCCUCCGUAAGCGAGUGCCACGGCUCCUCAAAACAUCCGAGGAGGAGUUAGGCUCAGAGGGGGUCACCGGGUACUUCAAACUAUUCGUGGUUCUCCUCUCCGUCCUUCUUUUCCUCUUCUGGGUUAUCCAUCUACGGAAAGAUGAUGAUGAGGUCUACGACGAGAUUGACUCGAACCUGGUCAACAGGUUCACAGAGGGAGUCACCCUCAACUACAAAUACCUCCAGCGCUUGGAGGGGCGGCUGGACAUGAAGAAGCUACAGAUAGACAGACUGAACGCUGAAGCGAACCUUGACCUCUCCUCCUGCUGCUGCUAUGGUUCUGACUCCUGCUCUGGUGGACCCUCCUGCAGCUACACCUCUGACUACUGCUCUGGGAGGUUCUCCUGCAGCUACACCUCUGACUCCUGCUCUGAGAGGUCCUCCUGCAGAUACACCUCUAGAACUAAAACACAUUCUAGAUCACGUUGUAGAUCUUCCGGAUCUUCUAGGUCCUCCUCCAGAUCUAUGGGCGGUGACUGCAGCACCUGCCAACACUUUAACAAACGGCCGGACAGGUUCCUGGGCGGUAGUCUGGAUAGUCCCUACCGAUUGGAUAGCCUGGAUUGCCCUCACCCACUGGAUAGCCCCAGCCCAGUGGAAAGCCCCAGACAACCAUUUAGUCUUAGCCCACUACCAGGAGAUGAUAAGGGGCAUGUCAGAUACUAUGGCUCCACGCAAGCCUCCAACACCUCCUGCCGUUCGACUCGCCACUCCUCUGAAAAUGCCUCCCAAUGGUCCUCUCCCAGCCCCUCGAGCUCCUCUAAGUACGUGAAUCCUUCUGACUCUCGGCUUCCUCUGGAGUAUCAUCAAAGCCCUCGGCAGCCUACUAUUGGUUACUACGACACCACCAAGAUGGAGGAAAAAGGGGACUAUGUUCCUGUGGUUGCUACUACUGUUAAGUCUUCACCUGGCUGCAAAGACUGCUCCAACCCCGCUGACUCCUCCGAGACUCAGAAGGCCAACUGUGUAGACCAUUCCAAGACUCCGAUGACAGUGAGACGGAUUAUUACAGUGUUUGAGAUCGUUCCAGGGAAAAGUGACCCACCUGUCCUGCACAGCUGGAACCAACGACGCCUGGAGGUAAAUGUGCAACAGAAGAAGGUAGCCCAUAAUGAGAGACUGAAGGGAGGAGGGACCAACACCACCUCUACCCUGACCUCUACCUCCACCCACCUCGAAACGACCCAGUCCACCUCAAUCUCAUCUCAGGCUAAAACAAGAAGGAUCGCCAGGAAAACCACCAGCCUUCCAGACUUCUCCCCGCAGCGUGUCAACAACCCUCCUAGUCUCAGUGGGUCGGAGGGUAAAGGUCAAGACAAGCCGUCCAUCCGGAUGUACCUGCAGGGUGGGGCCCAGAUCACCUUCAUCACCCAGGAUAUCCAGGAGAAGCUGGAGUCCCAUGUCCGUCGCAAGCAGAGCCAGCGCCUCUGGGGAUUCCCCAAGCUGGUCACCAGGUACGUGGGAGACCACCUUGCCGACCUGGCUGCCCAGGCCCCCUCUGCUUCCGGCGACAGCAAGACGGUUAAGAUCCCUGGCAAGAUCAUGGGAAACGUGAGCGACCAUGUUGGCCGAGGGCAGCGAAACACAGAGUUGUGUUUCAAGCUGAGUAACAGGACAAGGCCAGGGGAGGAGAGAGAGGAGACCCAGGCUACUAGUCCUGCAGCUACAGCCAAACUCAAGGACAAUUUAUACAGCUCACCUGCCAACAGCAGGCCUGUGGAGAAGACUCCCUUCACCAGCACCAGCAGCACCACUACUCCCCAGCCAGCCGAGACCCACACUACCAGACCCACCCAGACCAGCCGAUCUCUGGACGAGUCCUCCCUCCAGUUGGCCCCGAACCCAGUGACCCUGACCCAGGAGAGACGCCAGCUGGAGAUGCAUGUGAAGAGGAACUGUCUGGAAGUCAAGCUCAAACCCCUCCCUGGCAUGGUGGCCACCAGCCAGACAACCCUUUCCUCAGCAACCAGGCAGCCAACUAGGCAGCCCAUCCAGGCAGCAGCCCUCUACCCUCUGAAAUGCCCUGCGCCACUAAGGCGGAGGGAUCCGUCGGCAGCGGAGGGAUACGCGUCUUCUAUGGACCCAGAGGCACCGAGGCGUCAGGAGGAGAAUCUGGUGAUGAAGCCCACAUCUUCGGCCACCCCUUCGACCUCCUCAGCCCACCCUCACAGCUCAGCUCUGGAGACUUGGACCGGCAUAGACACUGUCUCAGGACCCCGCUCUGCCUCCACCCCCAUACGACUGUUGUGUUAUGACACGGACACUGAAAGGCUUUUUGUGUUUACAACAUAGAUCUACAUGGACUAUUUGUUUUGGUACCAGACGAUUCAGAACUGAUACAUUUUCUUUAACUAAUAAAAAGGUUUUGCAUUUCA